GUUAGGACUAUUGAUUUUACAUUAACAAUAUGUGAAUAGUGAAUAAAAAAAACUUUUUUUCUUUCAAUACGAUAGAGUACAUACAAGGAAAUGAAAGUGCAUAUUAUGAGUUUAAAAAGAUCAAUUAUAUUAAUUAAAUGAUAAAUAUAAUCGUGGAAAAGAAAAAAAAAAAAAAAGAAAAAUUGAUCGUCAAACACAAAGAAGAAAAUAGUGGGAUCGUGAAGUAGAAAAAUGUAUACAAUUCUUUCGCGAAUAUUAAUAAUGACUAACCAUUGAAAUAAUUAAAAAAAUGUAUAUUUUAUGAUAAAAAUAUAAAAAUAUCUCGGAUCGUUGAAAAAGAUCUAUAGUAGUUUAUGUUUGAUCAAUAAAGUGAUCGCGAAAGUGUCACUUUGAGUGAGAAUGGACAUUCUUAUCAGUGAUAUCAGUGGACAGCAAAGGCAACAUAACGAGAAAGAUUGUCAAUGAGUAAGUUGAACAAUGAUUAGUAUCAGGAAGCCAUAACGUUUUUAAAGUUCCACGUUCUUGAAAUAUUAGUAAUCCUUGAAAUUCUCUCAAGUCAAUACCAAUUAUGUCGAUAAUAGUGUAUUUAUUAGAAUAUAGUCCUGAGACUAGCGUAAAGUGUAAAACGUGAAAUUUGUGUUUCUUGUGUUUAUUGAAGGGGAAAAAAAAAUAAUUAAAUAAAUAAAAAAUAAAAAAGAAGGAAAAGAAAAAAGAAACAACAAAAUACAUUGAUUGGAUCUAACGAUCGAGUAAAAGUUAUGAAGAUAGUAAGUUGAAAGAGAUGAUACCAAAAAAACGUUUACAAUUGUUGCUUUACAUUUUACGAGUUUUUUAUGUAUUCGGAGAGGAGGAUACAAAUGAAAGAAAUACAAAUUCUGGAAUAAUAUCGAACGUUAUUCGAGAAUACUCUUUCUUCGAUAAGAACGAAAAUUUAUCUAAUAAUAAAACGGAAGUAGACGUUGAUAUGCCUACGAAAAGUUCUAUAACGUCCGAAAAUUAUGAGGACGUCGAAUACGACGAAUGGAAUUUUUCACAAAAAUUUAAUAAAGAUUCAUUAGAAGUUCAUUUCGAUCUGUGCGAACAAACAAACGCGUCAAAUGGAAUGGUUUUAGAAAUUGAAGACGUAAAGCAUUUGAUGAUAGAAGCAGUUGAUACCGAAAGAAUAUUAAUUUCUUGGAUGGCGCCAUGUUCAGCUAUAAACAAUAUUCUUAUUAAUUAUACUAUUGUUACAUAUUCAUAUGAUCAAAUUAAAAAAACGGAAGAUAUAUCGAAUACAUUAUCUUAUAUAAGAUAUAACGUUACCGGACUUAAUCCAUGUACACCUUAUACGUUUGAGGUAUUUGUAAUCGCAGGACAUAAUAGAUCAAAUGGUUAUAAUACAACAGGAGAAACAAGUUCUAAUCUUACAUACAUCGAAGAUGUUCUAAAUUUACGUAUUAAUGGAUCUAGUAAUGUAGAAGAUACUAAUGAUAUUGGGAUGGAAUUGACUUGGGAUGCUCCAGAAAAAUAUAUUAGAUGUAUUGAUUAUUAUAAGAUCAUACAAUGCAUUAAAAACUCUUGCAAUGAAAAUAAUACAAGUGUUAGUAUUACAAAUACUACAAGCUAUAUUAUAUGGGGUCUUGAACCUUGUACGGAAUACUUUUAUACUGUUAAAAUAAUAUCUUCGUCAUCUAUAGAAUCGCCUGGAAAAAGUAUAUACAACACGACAAGGACAAUAACAUCAAGUGAGCCACUAUCAUUGAAUGCAGAACCUGGUGAUUUUGCUUUAAGCAUUCACUGGUUACCACCAAUGAUUGGCUAUCAAUGUGUCCAAAAAUAUAAUAUUACAAUAUCUAACACGUUAUAUAAAUAUAAUAAGUAUACCACAAAUACAUCAGAAGUUAUGAAGAAUUUGCAUGCUUGUACUUCCUAUAUGAUUUAUGUUAUUCCAGUUAAUAAAAUAUUUUUAAAUGGAAUCUCAGCUACUACAAAGGGAAAAACAAAUAAAAGUAUAACAGAAUCUCCUGUAGUACAUGCAAGUAAAUGUGGGAUUUAUAAUAUAUCAAUGACAUGGUGUAUUAAAAAGGUAUUAAACAAUAAUUGUACACUGAAAUCUAUAAUAGUUAUGUGUAAUUAUGUGAAAAUCAAUGGGCAUGGUUAUCUACCAAAAUCGGGAGAAGUUAAAAAAAAUUUGGACGAACAUAUAAAAUUACCUAUGCUUGAAAAUAUAACUGUGACAGAUUUAAGUCCUUAUACAAAAUAUUCAUGCCAGGGAAUUAUUGUCAAUGAGGCAGGAAACAGUUCGUUAAGUGAACCAGUAAAUGUUACAACAUUAGAAGAUAUAUCAUCUCCACCCAUUAUUAAGGUCAAAAAUAUAACAGAUACUCGAUUUACUUUAUUUUGGCAGAAUCCUAUAUAUUUGCCAGGAAUAUUGACAGCGUUUGAAAUAAAAAUUACAUGGUAUACACUUUUCGAAAGACCAGAUUGGUGUACUAAUGAUAAUUUUGGCACUAUUAUCAUUUCAAAUAUUACUGAUACAUCAUUAGAUUAUUUAAAUGGGAAACCAUACACAAAUUAUACCGUAAGUAUAAAAGGUAGAACUGCUGCAGGUUGGAGUGAUGAUAGUAAAUUGAUAACAUUUGUAACAUUGCCAGGAGUUCCAGGAAUUGUUUCUAAUAUUUCACAUAUUAUUAAAAAAAAUGAAUAUAACGAUCAAUGUGAUGAUAUACAUAAUGAUCAAUUAGAUACAGUUGUAACAUGGGAUUUACCAUGUUCCUUAAAUGGAAAAAUUGAGUCUUUCUUUGUGUCGGUGCAUGGUAUAAGAAAUGGUUAUGAUCCACACAUUUUUUCUAUUAAGAAAAAUUAUAGUAAAAUUAUUGAGAAAAAUUAUGUAUAUUCAAUGGUUCUUCCAUCACUAAAAUCAGAAUAUAAUUAUACACUUAACAUAUCAGCUAAAGUUAGAGAUGUUGAAACUUGGAGUUUACCAGCAAGUUAUGGUGAUAUUUUGUAUCCUGCUAAGUGUCCACCAGAACCUGAUGAAGAAUAUAUAAAAUCAAUUAGCAUAGAUCCAUAUAAAGCACGUAGAUCUACUACAUCAGUCACCAUCUUGCUUCCAUUAUUUUCUAAUGAUAAUGGUUUAAUUAAAUAUUAUGCCAUUAUGGUUUCAAAAAAAGGAUUUAAUGUUGCUUUAAAUAAUAGUUUUAAUGUGACCGAACAAACAUGGCCAGAUACUCCAUCAUGGGAGGAGUCCAUGAAUAAUGAUUUCUCUUUAGUUUAUCAAGCUACCGGAUCGCAUUGGCAUCCUUUUCCAAAUUAUGUUGCUGACUAUGGACACAUAAAAGCAGUAAAAUAUGUACUUGGUGAAGACACAGCUUGUAAAGAAAUAUCAUCUAAUACAAAUAAACGGUUGUAUUGUAAUGGACCACUUAAAUCAGAUACAUGGUAUGAUGUUAGAAUGCGUGCAUUUACUUCCAAAGGUUUUAGGGAUUCGCCUGCUUUUUUGAUAAAGACAAAUGCAGAAUUAAACGUUGGCGUUGUAAUUGGAAUCGUUCUUGGAAUUUUAUUUUUGGGGAUUUUGACGACGAUGAUGCUUUUAGUACGAAGAUGUUCUCCGUACACAAUAUUUCGUCAAGUUUUAAAUUCUGAUAUGCCUGGAUCACCAUUGCCUACUCCAUUUACAAGAAAAAAAUUCCUUGCCCACUGCCAAGAACUUAUUGACAAUCCUGGUAAAUUAAGUAAUGAAUUUAGGUUGCUUCAAACUUUGAGCGUGGAUCUACAGAUGCCAACGAAUACUGCUUGUUUGCAAGCUAAUAGAAAAAAGAAUCGAUAUUCAGACAUUUUACCAUAUGAUUUUUCAAGAGUGAAAUUAGAAGUAAUUGAUAAUGAUCCUAACACCGAUUAUAUUAAUGCUUCAUUUGUAAAAGGUUAUAGUGGAGAGGAUGAAUAUAUAGCUUGUCAAGGACCAAAAGAAGAUACAAUAUAUGAUUUUUGGAGAAUGAUAGAUCAAUAUGAAAUAAAUAUUAUUGUCAUGUUAACUCAAUUAAUUGAGAAGGGUAAAGUAAAAUGCCAUCAAUAUUAUCCAACAAUUAGAGAAACUUUUGGAUAUGAAAAUAUAACUAUAAGAUGUACAAGCGAAUUAGAUUUUAGAACAUACACUCAAAGGACAUUAAUAUUACAAAAGGAAAAUAAGAAAAAAACGAUAACACAUCUCCAUUUUAAAGAUUGGCCAGAUCAUGAUGUUCCAGAGGAUUUUGAUUCAAUGAUUAAUUUUUGCCAAAUUAUGCGUCGUAAUAUAGGCACUAAUAAAGGUUUUGUUGUUAUUCAUUGCAGUGCGGGAAUUGGUAGAACAGGUACCUUAAUAGCAAUUGAUAUACUUUUACAAUAUCUUAGAGAUAAUAGAAAAUUAGAUGUGUUCGGAACUGUUUAUAGAUUAAGACAUUAUAGAAUAAAUAUGGUUCAAAGAGAGAGUCAAUAUACCUACAUAUAUAACUGUAUAAUGCAGGUCCUUAAAAAUCCAUAUUUUUUAAAAACAUAUAAACCACCUCAUGUGGAUCCAAUGCAUGAUAAUAACUCCAAAAGUACAAGUGAAACUACUAAUUCGGAUGGCAGCCUUACAGUAAAUCUUGAAACAUGUAUGUGACUUUCUCACAUAUGUAGAUCGCAAUAGAUAUUUUAUUUGUUAUGAAACUAUUAUUCAGGCCAUAUUUAUAUUAUAUACUACUGAAAAAAAAAAAACAAAUUUUUAGCCAUUUUGUUAAUAUUGAUAAUGGAUCUUAUUUAGGAGAUUGCAAUAUUUACUAAAUUCUCAAAUAUGAACAAAUAUAUGAUCGAAUGUGCCUUGUCGAUGUCUGACUCAAUGAGCACGAAAUUGAUCAAAAAAUUUUUGUAAUGAAUUUAAUAAGCAGAAUAUGAAUUAUAUACAACUCAGA